AUGAAACUAACCGCCCACCUCCCAUCAACCACCCCGGCCGCCCUCCACAGCGCAACGACGCACCCCUUCCUCCGGCACGCCGGCAGCGGUACACUUUCAAAGACCACUCUCGCAGCUUGGCUCUCACAAGACCGUCUCUAUGCGCAAACCUACGUGCGCUUUAUUGGGCUACUGCUUUCGAAAAUUCAUCUCCCAAACACACCCUCCAAACCAAACAACCCCAGUAUAACUGAGGAGGUACUGGAGAUCCUUAUCGACGCACUGAAUAAUAUCCACCGCGAGUUACAGUUCUUCGAGGAUGUCGCGAGGGAGUACGGACUUGACCUAAAUACGAAUACGCCGCGGGAGGAGUCAGAUCCAGAGGCCCAACGGAAGUUUGCAGCCGCGCCGAUAACGCAAGGGUACAUCGACAUGUUCAUGUCUGCGGCGAGUCCAGGAAAUAGUCUUUUGGAGGGUCUUGUCGUACUCUGGGCGACGGAAGUAUGCUAUCUCAAGGCUUGGAGGUAUGCGGCAGACUUUCUGCGAAAGAGCGCCGGGGCCGGGAAUAGGUCGGAGGAGGAUGGAGGGGCAUUGAGGGAGAAGUUCAUACCCAACUGGGCGAGUGACGAGUUUGAGGAGUUUGUGAAUAAGAUUGGGGAUGUUGUCGAUGAGUUUGCCAGGCAGGAGCUUGGGGAGGAAUUCAAGGAAGGAGCUGAAGGGCUGGAUCGAUGUGAGAGGUGGUGGAGGCAGGUUGUUUGGUUGGAGGAGAGGUUUUGGCCGCAAGUCCAGGAGUAG